AGAAGACAAAAACGUAAACAGUGCUGCAGUGUGACCUAGCGGCUCGCUUUUAGCAUUAGCAGCGUGAUAUUAAGUUAGUUUAUUCCUUGUCUGUUUAGCUGUAGACACAAUGAGCCAUAUGGUGGAGCCCCUCGAAACAAUAUGGCGUCAUUGAGGAGGAUUCAGUUACUCCUCCAAAGGUCGUGCACGUGGAGCUGUCACACACCCACAGCCUGCAGACUCCUCAGUGUAACUCAGCUUAAAGCUGCAGCUAACACCCAGCAGAAACAUCGACUGUUUCCUCUGCACUUCAGGUCGUUUUCUCUAUCUGUGCUUAGACUGAAGAGCUCGGAUGACUCCAGCAGCGGUCAGCACUCAGGACUCACUGUAGAGGAGGAGGAGGAUGAAGAUUUCCUGGAUGACAGUGAGGUGGAGGAGCUCUUUCAUCAGCAGAUACCUGAAGGCAUCGGAGAGGGUCAGCACAGGGUCUUCAUCGUUCACCCUGAUGUGAAGUGGGGGAGCAGGAAGCAGCAUCUGACCACAGCUGAGCUGAUGAUGGCGGAGGCUGUCGGUCUGAUCAACACUUUAGACAACUGGAAGGUGGUGGACAAGAUCAUCCUGUCCACAAAAACACCAGAGAAGAAGAGGAUCUUUGGCAAAGGAAACUUCCAGUCUCUAACAGAGAAAAUCAGACAAACAGCAGGAGUCUCUGCUGUGUUUGUGAAUGUUGAGCGUCUGUCUCCUUUGUCAGAGAGGGAGCUUGAGGAGGCCUGGGGGGUCAAAGUCUUUGAUAGAUACUCAGUGGUUCUACACAUCUUCCGCUGCAACGCCAGGACUAAAGAAGCCAAGUUACAGAUCUCUCUGGCAGAGAUUCCUCUCUUACGGUCUCGUCUAAAAAACGACAUAGCAAACUUGGACCAGCAGGGCGGAGGCGCGAGGUACAUUGGAGGUUCAGGUGAGACUCUCCUGGAGGUGCAGCAGCGACUGCUUAAAGAACGAGAGAUGAAGAUUCGCUCAGCGCUGGAAAAACUGCGGAAGAAGAGGCACCUGUUGCGCUCUCAGCGCAAACACCGAGAGUUCCCCAUUGUGUCUGUAUUAGGAUAUACAAACUGUGGAAAAACAACUCUGAUCAAAGCUCUGACAGGAGACAGCGUCCUCCAGCCCAGAAACCAGCUCUUCGCCACGCUGGACGUUACUGUCCAUGCCGGCCAGCUGCCCAGUCGUUUGACGGUUCUGUAUGUGGACACCAUCGGUUUCCUGUCCCAGCUGCCCCACCAGCUCAUCGACUCCUUCUCUGCCACCCUUGAGGAUAUCAAACACUCAGAUUUGCUUGUCCAUGUCAGAGACAUCAGUCACCCAGAGACGGUGAAUCAGAAGGUGAACGUGCUGAACAUCCUGAAGAACCUGCAGAUCCCAGAGAGGCUGAUGAGCUCCAUGAUAGAAGUUCACAAUAAAACAGACCUCAUCGACAACUAUCAGCCAUCAGAGCCCGAUGCAUUACCCAUUUCUGCCAUAGAGGAACGAGGCCUUGAUGAGCUGAAGAAAGUCGUGGAAGAACAGAUCGUAAACUCAACUGGAAAACACGUUUUAGAUCUCAGAGUCGACCUCAGCAGCCCCCAGUUAAGCUGGCUGUACAAAGAAGCCACGGUUCAGGACAUGCAGGUGGACGCAAACGAUGGCUCGGCUGUUGUCAGAGUCAUCAUCAGCCAUGCUGCUUACGGACGCUACCAGAAACUGUUCACAGGAAGGUAGUGGAGAGGAGAGCCAUCCUACCUGCUGCAAACUGUACCACAACUAUAUUUAAGAUUGUGUUUUAACUGCAACAGAGUAAUGCUUAGUUAAGAUAAACAACAUAUAGACUGCACUUUAUUGCUGAUACAAAAAUACAGAAUGUUUUUGUUAAUAAAAAGAAAAAGCAAUC